AUGACACACACUCGGAGGAAGUCCCUUCCCAUGCUGAGUUCGGGCCCCAUUGGCCGCCGGGAGCCCCUGCAAAUGGAAGGCAGCAAUAUGGAGCAGGGGGCAGAGGGUAUGGACCCAGGCAUGCCUGAGAGCCCAGGGCACCCCACAGGGCGCCGCAAGAACUACCCACUACGUAAGCGUCCCCUGGUUCCUGAGAAGCCCAAGGCCUGCAAAGUGCUGCUGACCCGCCUGGAAAAUGUGGCUGAUCCACGGAGUGCAGAUGAGGCUGAUGAGCUGCCCCCCGACCUUCCCAAGCCCCCCAGCCCGGAUCCAUCCAGUGAGGACACUGGCCUCACCCAGCCCCGCAAGCGGCGCCUGGCCUCCCUCAAUGCCGAGGCCCUGAACAACCUGCUGCUGGAGCGAGAGGACACCAGCGGCCUGGCGGGCAGCCGCCGCAGUCGAGGGGGAGACCACCACCACGGUCGGGACCGGGACAGGGCCACUGGAGGCUUGUCUUCCAAGAAGCGGCCACGACUGGAGGACCGCGGAGGAGAAAGUCGGGAUCUGUCCCCAGAGCCAGCACCGGAUGAAGGUGCCCGCCGAGAUGGUGACCCAGCUCCCAAGAGACUGGCCAGCCUGAACGCAGCUGCCUUCCUAAAGCUGAGCCAGGAGCGGGAGCUCCCCCUGCGGCCACCUCGUGCCCACCCAGAAGCAGACAGGCGCUCCACUGAGCCACCAGCACUGAAGGUUCUGAGGCCAAAGUGGGCCAAAGUCAAUGGCAAGAACUACCCCAAGGCCCAGCAGGGGGUUGGCUCUGGGGAGGCUGCAAGCCCACCCAGCUGGCAAGGGUGCCCAGAGGAGCCAUGGUUAUCUGCAACCCCUCGUGGACCAUCCAACCAGCUACCUUACCAGCCCCUGAGCAAGGCUCUGGAGAGCCCCUUAGGGCUGCGCCCCCACUUGCCCCUGCUGAUGGGUGGACAGGCAGCCCUGAAGCCAGAGCCUGGGCGCCCAGGAGAGGAGUCGCCUGCCCCCAAGCAAGAACUGCACCAGCCCUCUUUUCCUGCACCCCAGCUGUCCCUCCUGCCCAUGCCUGGCAACUCCGCCGACUACAGUGGGCUGUGUGGUCGGCCUGAGCUCACUGCGCUAGGCAGCUUCUACCUGUAUUGCAGCCAAGAUGGGCUGCAGUGUGGGGGCUACGCCCCAUGCCCCAUGCUUCCCGAGGGCAAGCUGUCCCCAGUGGCUGCGCCUACCGAGGGGCCCCUUGUGGCCCCGAGCUCAGUGCCUGCGGGCACCUCUUUCCUGCACCCUCCCUGGGGCUCUCACUACUGUUCCAGCGAGGAUGCUGAAGUGAAUGGCUAUAGCAUCUGUGAAAUGUUGCCCCCUUCUCUUACCCACAUUGGCACUACCUGUGGCGGCUGUUCCUACAAAAUGCCUUUUGCAGCAGAAGGCUGCAGGUCCCUGGGCCAGCUGGAAUUUCCUCUUCCAGAAGCUGGCCACCCCGCCUCACCUGCCCACCCCCUCCUGGGAUGUCCUGUGCCCAGCGUGCCACCUGCAGCAGAGCCCGUCCCUCAUCUUCAGACACCCACCUCAGAGCCUCAGACAGUAGCCCGUGCAUGCCCUCAGAGCGCCAAGCCUCCGAGCGGCUCCAAGUCAGGUUUACGCACAGGCUCCAGCUGUCGGCACACUGUGAGGAGCAAGGCUGCCCGCAGGCCCAGCCACCCCAAGCAACCGCGUGUCCAGCGCCCACGCCCACGCCGCCAUCGCCGCCGCCGCACUAAUGGCUGGGUCCCUGUUGGGGCUGCCUGUGAGAAGGCUGUCUAUGUCUUGGAUGAACCAGAACCAGCCAUUCGAAAGAGCUACCAAGCGGUGGAGCGACAUGGAGAGACCAUUCGAGUUCGGGACACUGUCCUCCUCAAGUCAGGCCCGCGAAAGACGUCUACACCUUAUGUGGCCAAGAUCUCCGCCCUCUGGGAGAACCCUGAGUCAGGAGAGCUGAUGAUGAGCCUCCUGUGGUAUUACAGACCAGAGCACUUACAGGGAGGCCGCAGUCCCAGCAUGCACGAGAAUGAAGUCUUUGCAUCGAGACAUCAGGACCAGAACAGUGUGGCCUGCAUCGAGGAGAAGUGCUAUGUGCUGACCUUUGCAGAGUACUGCAGAUUCUGUGCCAUGGCCAAGCGCAGAGGCGAGGGCCUUCCCAGCUGGAAGACAGCACUGGUGCCCCCCUCUGCAGACUACUCCACCCCGCCGCACCGCACGGUGCCCGAGGACACGGACCCUGAGCUGGUGUUUCUUUGCCGCCACGUCUAUGACUUCCGCCAUGGCCGCAUCCUCAAAAACCCCCAGUAG